AUGCCGCGCGGAUUCGCCGCCUGCGUCGAAGUGACGCCAGCCUGUCCCGUCGAAGCCACGACGUACGGCUACUAUCCCGCGCUGGGGACCAACGCCGCGCUCCUCGCCUUCAACGCCCUCUUCUGCCUCGGCCAAAUCGCCAUCGGCCUCAAGACCAAAGUCUACUUUUACUCCUUCGCCAUCGCCGCGGGGUGUCUCCUCGAGGCACUGGGCUACGCGGGGCGCAUCAUCAUGCACGACAAUCCCUGGAGCGACUCCGGCAUGCGCCUGCAAAUCGUGUGCCUCAUCAUCGGACCCUCCUUCAUCGCCGGAGGCAUCUACCUGACCCUUAAACAUUUUAUCCGCCUCAACGGACCCGAGCAUUCGCGGCUCAAGCCAGAGCUCUAUACUUGGAUCUUUAUCGGUUGUGAUAUUGGCUCCAUCUGCCUGCAGGCCAUCGGUGGUGGGCUCGCCGGAGCGGCCAAGGAUAAUUUGAAGCUCCUCAAGACUGGCAACAACAUCAUUAUCGCCGGUAUCGCUUUCCAGGUAGUUACCAUGGUCUUUUGUGGCGUCCUCACUGCCGAUUACAGCAUUCGGCGGUACCGCAACCGGUCCUCCAAGUCAGCCUCCAAGGGCAGGACUGUGGAUUCCAAGGCCGUCAUGUUCCAGAUGGGAGUAGCGUUUGCCUACUUGACGGUACUCAUCCGAUGCAUCUACCGGUACGUUGACAGCGCAUAA